AAAACCAACAAAACGAUAAUAAGUUCAGAUGAAGUGCUGUGAGAAGUUGAUGAGAGAAAAGCUGCUAAAAUAGCAAUAGGAAUUAAGUUAGUGAUGCUCACAGGAUUGAAAAAAAAAUAAUAAAGAAAUUCAGCAGAAGCAUAUUUCCAAAUAGUGUCCUUAUGAAAACUGGGGUCACUGUUUCUGGAAAGAGAAGAUGCAGUUUUUUAUAUUUUCUAGAACGCUCUAGUCACCCACUUGGCUCACCUCAUCCAGGUCAGUGCAACCGAAUAUUAUGGUACAGCUGCUGUUACAUAGAUAUGUAUCUGUUACCCACAUGCUGCAUGUAGACACACUUUCAGUUUGAGGACUCAUGACCUCUGUAAUACCUUUGAAAAUUCAACAAACAAUCAAUGACGUCCUGCAUUCUUCUGGAAAGUAUGCAUCUAAAUUGUAGUUUCCAUUUUACCAACCUCAUUGUGGUUUACCUGUGUGUGUUGCCAUUUAAUAUCAAAGAGGUGAUGACUUAUUGUCUCUAUACACAGAGUGAGCAUAUUCAAACUGUUUUUAAACUCUGCUGACGUCUGCUGAUGUCGAAACAGGCCAACAUGAUGUUUUUUUUUGCUUCAAUGUGAACCAGCCAAUGCAUGUACUGCAAGGUGAGGAUGAUGAACCAAUCAGACCUGACGGAUAUGCCUGAAUGUAGGACAAGCGUCAAAUCUGUUAAGUCUGCUGUUGCUUCAGUAACUCAGAACUGCUGCGGAGUAAGAAGCCGGACCAGUGAAGACAGAUAGAAAAAACAGAAAAGAUGGUGCUGUACUUUGUGAAAGCUUUCCUGCUCUGGUCUUUGUGUGCGGCACAGUUAAGUGACGUCCUUCAGCCUGUUCCUUUCCAAACAGUGAAGCUCGGAGACUCGGCUACUAUUGAAUGUCACAUAAAGAGUGAACUGAAAAAACGAGUGUGGUACAAAUUCACUAUAGGGAAGAGACUACAGCUUGUGGUAGCAUUCAAUAAUUUUUAUAAACAGAGUGAAUCUUCUGAUGAAUCUCAUUAUUCAGUCAAAUUUGACACAACCAACAGUCAUCUGAGCAUAUCGGCAACAACAUGGGAAGACGUCGGAACAUACUUCUGUGGAGUCUUGCACUUCAAAGACAUUCAGUUUGGAUCAGGAACCUUUCUGAUGGUGAAAGGUGCGAACACGAGCAGUGACUCUGUCGUCCAGCGGCUAGAGUCUAAAUCAGUCCAGCCGGGAGACUCUGUGACUCUCAGCUGUUCUGUUCACACCAGCCACUGUGCAGCAGAACACACGAGUGUCACGUGGCUGAAAAACUCUCUUCAUUAUGCCCCGCAAAUGAUUUACGCCUCUGGGGAUAAGAUCUGCCAGAGGACUGAGAGCGGAGGAACUACCUGUGUGUACAGCCUUCUCAUGAGGAACCUCAGCUCUGAUGAUGCUGGAACCUACUACUGUGUUGUGACUUCAUGUGGACAGACGCUGUUUGGAAACGGGACCAGGAUUAAUAUUCACAACAAUGUGGUCACCAAACCAGCUGAACUGAGUCUAGCCGUUAUUGCUUUGACGUUGUCAAACAUCCUUCUUGGGAUUGUGACACUCAUCCUUAUAUGGACACUUUGCAAGAGUCGGAGGAAAGAUUCCACCACAGAAGCAACAGAUGGAUCUUCUGAAGGCAAUCAGACUAGUGAUGCCGUCGCCUAUGCAGCUGUGUGUUUGCCCCCAAGAGGCUUCCCCCCUCAACAAGCUACAGGGAAAUACAGUGGAGACUCUGUAGUUUAUUCCACCAUCAGCUACUGUCAAAAGAACCGAGAAAUGUCAUCUUGAGAACGCAGACAAACCAGGGAGAUUGAAGACCGAUGGAGUAGGAAUACCUAAAUGUAUAUCUCCUAUUUAGUAGUACAUAAAAAAGGUUAAAAUAUGACCAAAGAGCUCUUUAGCAAAUAUGAGGCAGUCUGCCACUGGAGCUUUUUCAUGAUUAUAAUCAAAGCUGCAGGUCACAUCUUUGCAGCUCAAUAUAUAGAGUAUAUUUGAACACUGAAGACUUGAAUGUGCAAAAUCCAAUAAGAUUUUUAAUGGUCAUAUUUACCAACCAGCUUAACUGUAAUGGAUUGGAAAUGUAUUGAUCACAGCAGCCUACUCAAAGCUGAUGCUUCAGAACCUUUUGAUUUAAUUGUAUUCUUGAAAUUAUAUUCAGUACUUUGUUUUUACGAACUCUUCUGUGGAGUGCUUUACCAAUGUGAUAUACUGUAGAUUGUGCUGUGCUGUGGUACUUAGCAAAAGGCCAGUCAGUGGACUAUAGCGUAUACUACUGUAACAUGGAAAUAAACUGUUAUAAUUUAGUAACAUUCAUUGUUGGGUCUGUGCUGUAUUGUGAAAGAAAAUAUUUUUUUGCUUUUAAAAUCUUUGAAAAAUGACAACUCAAUAAAUCAAAGAAUAAAGACAUUUCCUU